AUGCUAGGAAAUGAAGCAGCUAUGAAAAGGAACCUUACCAACCAAUCACAGCUCUUAGCAUUUGUCUAUUGCAUUAAUCAAGAUCAAAUAGUAAAUCAGUGUCGUUUUUGCAAAGAAUUAAGUGGGUCUGCUAAAGGUGUGGACGUUUUCAACAUUUUACAUUGUUAUCUCAAUGCCUCCCAUUCAAUGGUAGACUGUUUUAUGGGCCUUAUUUCUGUUGAAGAUGUUAUCGUAACUCACUGCUUUCUUCAUAGCAAGGCCUUAAUAGCAAAAGCAUUGAGGAAAAAAUUCAGAAAAGACUUAGAACAAGUUGUUCAGAUGGUAAAUUUUAUUAAAACAAGACCUGUGGAAACCCGUUUCUUCGAAAAACUUUGUAUUGAUAUGCAGUCAGAACACAGACGGUUGCUUUUACACAAAGAGUUGGUAAGGAGCAUGUGCAUAAAUAAAAUACUUGCAAUAGUAGUAGAGUGUUUAAUAAGCUUAGAAGAGACACUGAGUUCAUUUUUUCCAUCCUUCAACACUGAACGACUGGAUUUGAAACCCAUUCAUGGAAACUUCCUCGUCCUUGUAGUACAUCAUCAAAAUGACAUAGGACUUGUCAAUAAUCAUUACAAUUUAAAAUACAUGGAAAUAUUAACUGCGCUUUUAUUGUCAAUGAUUCAUAAACUCUUCAAUGCUUGUGUUUCACUUCAUAGUUUCUCUUGCCUUUCGUCUUGGCAGGAUAGGAGACAACACGGCUCUCGGCAGUCGUAUUUGGAUGACAAUCGUGCUUCAUGA